CCGUCAAGAUUGCCACUUCCCGCUUCACCACUACUCGUACACCGUAGAGAAAUUCAGUCCCCACUCCCCCAGAUCCUCGAAGUAGUACCCCGCAGCGAACGAAGCCUUUACAAACCCAACGACCAGCACUACACACUACCCGCGGCACUGCCACUAACUGAUUUCAACCGCCACAUCGACCGCCGGAGGCCGGAGACGGCCGCCCAGUGAGCCGGCGGCAGCUGGAGAGAUGGGCUGCUGCUUCAGCAAGAAGCGCAUGAAGCAUCCAGACGGCUCUGCUGCCGUCCCUCGCCGCUACAAGCCGGAGGACCGCGACCCCCCGCCCCCACCGUCGCCGGAGGAGGAGAAGGUCAAGGAGGUGCUCUCGGAGACGCCGAGCACUAAGGUGGCGGCCGAGCCUAAGCCCGUCGCCAGUGUAGUGGCUGUGGAGGAGCAAGAAGUGCUGAAGGUGAAGGCUAGUGUCGACCCCGUCCCCGCGGUGAGCGAUCUCGGGAGCUGCCUGUCCAUGGCCACCGACGAGAGGUCCGAGGUGGCGUCCGAGUCGUCCGUCGCGACCAGCUCGCUGGCGGGGCCGGACCGGUCGCCGGGGAAGCCGGCCAGGAAGCGCGCUGUCUCCGGCGAGCUGGGGCUAGUCCGGCGCGACCGCGCUGUCACCGCCGCCUAUGGCGUCCGGUCCCGCAGCUGUCGGGGCUCGCCGUCCCCUCCUCCGCGGCGGGAGCCACGGGAUCGCUCCGUGCGGAGGUCGCCGUCGCCCGCGGCGAAGCGGGCGUCGCCGGAGCAGCAUCGGGCCGCGAGCCCGGUCGAGUCCCUGCAGCGAAAGCCGCCCGUCCCGAGCAGGCCGUGCAGCCGCGCCUCGCCGCGGCGGGCUCGGGAGGCCCCUCCACCGCCGCAGCCGGAAGAGGACGCCGUCACCACGGCAGGCGAGGAAAGCGUCGCGGAGCCCAGUGCCGGUGCCGACGGCCAAGGCGACGGCGACGGCGAGGGAAAGGAGUCGCUGGAGAACCCGCUGGUGUCCAUGGAGUGCUUCAUCUUCCUCUGAUGCUGGUCCGAUUUCCCGCUAUCCUCUUUCGAAUGUCUCCACUAAUCCCUGUUUAGGUGUGGCGUGCUGAUUAACCUGGGCUAGCAGCAGUAAAAAAGUGUAGCAGGUUCGCGGUGAUGUAACGCUGCCGCCAUCUUCCCGCGAAAUGCUGGUGGCUUUUGGCUUACGCGUUGGGUCUUGUGUGGGGUCGUCUUCUUUGGCUCUUGUGGGUGAUCCUCGUUGUAUUUUGCCGAUCUGUUUAACUAAAAUUCUUCAAGCCU